ACACCACCUCGCACGCCACUGCCUUCACCUUGGCAUCCGUAUUCCAUCCCAUCCACACGCUCUUACGCUCAUAGCAGCAGCAGGAGCAGCGCCGCGUAGCAGGCUAGCAGUUGCAGCGCAGCAAAUCAAAAGGCUUCCACGCACCAAGCACAAAGAAACAAUAUGUGCGGCGGCGCGAUCAUCUCCGAGUUCAUCCCGCAGCGCGACGCCCGCGGCCGCGCGUCCGGCGGCAAGAGGGGUCUCUGCGCCGAGGACUUGUGGCCGCAGGCGGCCGCCGGCUUCGACGACGUCCCUGCUGCCGUGGACGGCUACGAGUUCACCGGCGCCGCCUCGUUCCCACACGACCAAGAGCCGGCGAGGAAGCGGGAGCGCAAGACCAUGUACCGCGGCAUCCGGCGGCGCCCCUGGGGCAAGUGGGCGGCGGAGAUCCGCGACCCGGCCAAGGGCGCGCGCGUCUGGCUCGGCACCUUCGCCACCGCCGAGGCCGCCGCGCGCGCCUACGACCGCGCCGCGCGCCGCAUCCGGGGGUCCAAGGCCAAGGUCAACUUCCCCAACGAGGACCCGCCGCCCGACGACGACGACCACCUUCGUCAGGGGAUGCUGCCCGUCUCCUCCUGCAUCACGGACUACGACGCCGCCGUCAUGGUGGGCUUCUUCCAACAGCACCACCAGCAGCAGCACCCCUACGUGCCCGACGCCGUGCCGGUGAUGGCCGCGCCGCCGCCGGAGGACGUGGCCUACGUGCAGCACCAGGACGCCGGGAUGGACGUGUGGACGUUCGACGGCAUCAACACGGCCACCGUGCCAAUGUGACCACGCGCAUGUUGAUGCGUCCUGCUCUGUUACUACACAUGUGGCAUUCGCUUGUUUCCAAAUACAGUAGUAGUAGUAGUAUUUCCCUAGGUUUAUAUUAUUCUGUAGUUGGAGUAAUUUAUCUGCCGACGUAACAAGCUAGGGGUGGAACUCACUCGUGAGCUGCUGCUUCCUCUAGCAGCACCCUCUCCGUGUAAAGAUGAAUUCUCCAAGAAUAAAUUGCCAUAUUUUGUAUCGUA